GACGUCAAAGGCAUUUCUUUUUUUGUCUUCUUGUCUGGCGUCGUUGGCGGACAUCUUCGCUCAUCUUAUCGCUAAACAAACACCGAGAAGAGACUUGUAAUGCUUCAUUAAUCGAUCCAGUCUAUGUAUAUAUUUUGGUAAACAACCGGCAGAUUACGAUAGUCAAUGUCAGACUCGGAAAAUGAAUGUUUUGAUAAACGGCUCAAGAUUGUUUUGCUUGGCGAUUGUCUCACGGGGAAGACUUCCAUAGCAACUCGAUACACACAGGACAAUUUCUGGAAAGAAUAUAAAAAAACGAUGGGAGUGGACUUUUAUUUGAAAAGAAUCAUUCUAAGGGGUCAAAUGAAUGUGGUACUGCAAAUCUGGGAUGUCAGUGGGAUCUGUUUAGGGAGCAGCAUGCUGGAAAAUUACAUAUAUGGUGCACAGGGAAUUAUUUUGGUUUAUGACAUUACCAAUUAUAUCAGCUUCGAGAACCUGGAAGAUUGGUUGCUAACUAUUAACAGAUCCUGUCUGCACAGUGGGAAAUCUCCAUCACACUUGGCACUCGUUGGAAACAAAGUUGAUCUCGAACAUGUGAGAGCUGUCAGCGAAGAACGGCACGUCAAGUUUGCUGCAGACCAUAAUAUGUCCAACCACUUUAUUAGUGCAAAAACUGGUGAAUGCAUGUCUGUCUGCUUCCAACGUGUUGCUGCUGAGUUGGUCGGCUUAAAGUUAACGACUGCUGAGAAAGAACAACAGCAACAGGUUGUCACUGCAAACAUUGAAUGUGAACCCUGUCCGAAAGUCGCUUCAGUUCAAAACUCUCCUCGCAGCCCAAUUUGCUCGUUACAAUAAAACCAGUUCCAGAGGAAUUUUGAAAAAAA